UCCUGGACUUCGAGGUGCCUGGUUCUUGUCUUUCUUCCUCAUUUGCUCUUUCAGACGUCCUGAGUGCUCACAACUGACGAUCCUUCAUGGAGCAAAAUGUGGUGUACGCUGACAUAAAUCUUCCAGGUGGACAAAAGACUACGAACAGACAGCAGCAUUCAGCUAAGGAAGAAAAAGGGAGAUGCUGGAUAACUCGUGGUGUGGCUGCUUGCUUCCUAGUGGCAUCCGGGAUAACAAUCAUAAUUCUGGCCAUCAAAGUUUAUGAAGGAGAUCACACACAGCAAACUGAAUCAGUUUAUGAAGGAGAUCACACACAGCAAACUGAAUCAAAUAAACCCAACAAAUGCUGUCCUGAUCUGUGGAUUAAACGCAGAAAGAACUGCUACUACUUCUCUGUGAAUAAAACAACAUGGGAGAAAAGCAACUGGCAGUGUGGCUCUCAUGGAAGUCAGCUGGCUGCAGCAGAGGAUGAGGAGGACUUGGUAAGUCAUGACGGCUGACGUGAAAGUGUGCUGCAUUUUUCAGUAAUUUGCCAUUACUAACGUCAAAGGGUAAGUUAAGACUAUUU